AUGGCGGGCUACAUCUUCUACAACUAUAACCCCAAUAUGGUGGCGGCUGUCAUCUUUAUUGUUGUAUUUGGCCUUUCUGCAUUAUUACACACAUACCAGCUUAUUCGAUCGCGAACAUGGUACUUUAUUCCGUUCUUAAUUGGAUGUCUCUUUGAGUGUGUAGGCUACGUCGGUCGAGCUCUAUCAGCGCAAGAAGCACCAGACUUCACCAAGAACCCCUACAUCAUCCAGUCACUCCUCUUGCUGCUCGGUCCAGCCCUCCUCGCCGCAUCGAUCUACAUGGUACUUGGCCGUCUCAUUCGACUUCUCGACGCUGGCGACCUUUCCAUCAUCAGCCCUCGAUGGUUGACCAAGGUCUUUGUUGCUGGCGAUGUCAUGUCCUUCCUUGCACAGAGUGCUGCCAAAGGUGGUGGUAUGCUCGCAACAGCGAAAACCAAGAGCGCUGUCAAGCGGGGCGAGAACAUCAUCGUCGGUGGCCUAGGCAUUCAGAUCAUUUUCUUCGGUUUCUUCAUGAUCGUCACUCUCGUCUUCCACCUUCGCAUCAACCGCAACCCCACACAAAAGUCUCAAGAGAUCACAACACCUUGGAGGAAGCUCCUCUUCGUGCUUUACUCAGCCAGCCUUUUCAUCAUGGUCCGAUCCGUCUUCCGUGUCGCCGAGUACGUCAUGGGCAAGGACAGUGAGCUCCAAUCGAAGGAGUACUUUAUCUACAUCUUCGAUGCCCUCCUCAUGAGUCUCGUGGUGGUUGCCCUCAAUGUGUUCCACCCCAGCCGCGUGAUCAACCAUGAGAUGGACAGGAAGCGAAUCGUCAGCCAGGAUGGAUAUGCGCUGGAGAGCCAGCCGGUGGGCAGAGAUGACAGAGACCGACGAUACUCACUCUCACCUGUCCGUCCUAAGCAUGCCCAUUGA